AUGCCCACCCCAAAGACAAUUGGCAUCAAGAACGGCAUAUUGACCUACACUGAACGUCAAGCUGUGCGAGUUGUCACCUUCAACACCUCCGGUCAAAUUGCACUCAUCCACGCCGAAAAAGAGGAUUACUACAAGCUACCAGGCGGCGGGAUUGACCCUGGAGAGGAUCACAUCGUUGCAGUUAAGCGAGAAAUGAAGGAGGAAACUGGAGCAUUGAUUAAAAUUCGUCCCAUCGGCUGUGUUGCAACAACCGAAGAGUACCGUAAUGAUCUCCAUCAGAUCUCUUACUGCUACUGCGCAGAUCUUGUCGACGACUCUGGCGCACCCGAACUGACAGAUCUCGAGAUUGAAGAUCGCCUGGUUCAUCGUUGGGUCUCCGUGGAUGAGGCGAAGAAGCAGAUGGAUGAGGCACAGCCCGCGUCUGAGUUCGGUCGGUUUAUCAGGGAACGUGAUAUCUUUCUCCUUGGGGAGGUUCUUAAAAGAACAUAG